ACGAACCCGGAAGUUUGGGAAUACAGCCAAAAAAGCUGUCGCUGAUCCAGAAAGCUUCAACCAAGGCUCACAAGAUAGCUAACAAACUGUCGUUGUACAUGUAGCUAUCUCGCAUAUUUCUGCGGAUUCAAAAUGGAUGCGGAAACAGAGUGUUGCAAAUGUCACCUCUUGGAUUUGCCCUGGGAGGAUGUGUUGGUAACACACAUCUUCUGCUACCUGCCAUUACGCCAGCUGGUGCGGCUACAGAGAGUGAGCAAGCAGUUCUAUGCCCUCAUCCAGGUGUACCUGGCCAACUGUCGCACCUUUGACCUCACACAGAUAGGGCCUAGCCUUCCCAAGGAGGCAUUCUGCAACAUACUAAGGGACAACAAAGUCCUACAGAACUUGUCUGUCCAGAACUGCUCCGAUUGGGUGACAGACACGGAGCUGCUGCCUGUGAUUGGCCAGAACCAGCACCUGCUGAGAGUAGACAUGAGGGGGUGUGACCGGCUGACCCGUCACUCCUUAGUAGCCGUGUCGUUGAGCUGCACACACCUGCAGUACCUGGGCCUGGCCCACUGUGAAUGGGUGGACAGCCUGUCCAUACGCAGCCUGGCUGACCACUGUGGGGGCCUGAGGUCCAUCGACCUGACCGCCUGCCGCCAGCUCAAAGACGAGGCCAUCUGCUAUUUAUCCAAGAAGUGUCUGAAGAUGAGGUCGCUGUCUGUGGCGGUCAACGCCAACAUUACAGACGUGUCUGUGGAGGAAGUGGCCAAGAAUUGCAGGGAGCUGGAACAGCUGGACCUGACAGGCUGCCUGAGGGUUAGGAACGACUCCAUCAGGACUGUUGCAGAGUACUGCCCCAAGCUGCAGUCUCUGAAGGUGAACCACUGUCACAACGUGACUGAGUCCAGUCUGGACCCCCUGCGGAAGAGGAACGUUGAGAUUGACGUGGAGCCACCACUACAGAGGGCCCUUGUGCUGCUGCAGGAUGUGGUGGGGUUCGCUCCCUUCAUCAACCUCCAGAUCUAGGCUAAAGUACAUCUGUAUUCCUCAUCCAACCAAUUGGAAACAGGUUUUCCUCCACUAGGAGAAUGACCUGUUCCAAUUGAAACACACCCUGUGUAUGCUGGGACAUCAAUUAAGCAAUUCAAGGACAAACAAAAACGGAUGUAUAUGGGAAAUAUAUUGUGAAACUUGUCUCUUAUUUAUUACAGUGAUGUUGCAGAUUAUAAUUAUGCACUUAGGAAAAGACUGAAGGAAGCUGUGCACUUUUCAGUAACGCUGUCACGAGUCCCAAAAGAUUCCUGCAGUAUUUAUUUGUAUCUCAUCACACACUAACAACACUUUAGAUGUUCUUGUGAUCUAUAGCUUUUAAAAAAAGGACAAUUCCAACCAAAGGAGAAGCCGUAACUAUAAGAGCAUAUUGUUGAGUUUUUGUGUGUUUAUUGACAUGUUGCUCUGCUAAGUGUAUGAUACAUACACCUCUAGAUGUUUCAUUCAGAUUAGCAAGGUAAACUUUUAUAAAUUAGGUAGGUAAAUGUUUUAUAUUCGGUAAAUAAACGUUUUAUAUUGUG